UCCUCCUACUCCUCCUUCUCUGCUCCUGUUGCCGCCGUUGCUGCGUCGGACCCUUCCGAUGGCACGCCGGUGGAGCUCUAUUACCGGCUGCUGGAGCCCGGCCCGGAAGGGGGGUGCAGCGGUUAUGGGGGGGCCGAGGACACAUCGAGGAGGAGGGCUCACCGAACAGGGGCCGGGGGUGGGGAGAGAAGCGGGUUCAGCACGCCCAUGCGGAGGAUAGGGAGCGUACGGCUGUACCAGGCCCCAGCGCAGCCCCAGCUGGCCGAGCGGAAGCUGGACGGGAACUUUGUGGUUCUGGUACCAGCCGAGCCCAUCAGGCAUCGGGAGGCGGUGUCUGCAUUCAUCGCCACGGCGCCACACUCACCGGUAGAGGCCUUCACGCUCAGGGUAAAGUUAAAAGAGGGGUUUGCCUUUCUGGGUGCACGUCCCAGCAACCCCACCCUGUGGAUGGUGAGCCAGGACGUCCGUAGUGAAGGUCAUCGGGUUGUGACCCUGCACUGCCGUCGCAAGGAGGUCAGCUAUGGACAGAGGGUGGAGGCAGGCUGGCAGCGGGUGCUACAGGUGGAUCUGGAGGUGGAUGCUGUGCCGGGUGUGGCUGCUGUGGUUGGUACAGGUGGCACAGCUGGCACGACGGGCAGCCACUCCAUCUCCUGGCAGAUCGAGUACCCGCCUGGUAGAGGGGUCAUGGUGGAGGAAGACACCCACCUGCAGCUGGCACAGAGGGAGCUGGGGGGCAUCGUGCCACUGGCCAUGGAAACUGAGAUCUUGAACACGGCAGUCCUGAACGGAAAGACGGUUGCCAUCCCGGUAAAAGUGGUGACGGUGGGCGUGGAUGGCAUGGUGACGGACGUGUCCGACUCAGUGGAGUGCCACUCCACGGAUGAGGACAUCGUCAAGGUGUCAGACCGCUGUGACUAUGUGUAUGUGAACGGUAAGGAGCAGAGGGGGAGAGUGAGGAUGACGGUGAACUUCACCUACAGCUACCUGAGCGCCCAGCUGGAGAUGAGUGUGUGGGUCCCACGCCUGCCCCUGCAGAUCGAGCUCUCCGACAACGAGCUCAGCCAGAUCAAGGGCUGGAGGAUCCCCAUACAGACCAGCAACAGCCAGAGGUCUGCACGGGACAGCGAUGACGAUGAUGAGGAUGAACGACGUGGACGGAGCUGCACUCUUCAGUACCAGAAUGCAAUGCUGCGUGUCCUCACGCACUUUGUGGCUGAGACCGCGGAGGCUCGCAGUCAGCUGACCUACAUGCUGGGCUCUGAUUGGCAGGUGGACAUCACAGGGUUGGUGUGGGACUUCCUGAAAGUGGAGGACCCCCGCAUCGUCCGUCUGAAGGAGGGCCGCAGGCUUGUGGGAUUAGACACAGGCAUGACAGCCAUACAGGUGCUGUCCCCGCUGUCGGACUCCAUCCUGGCGGAGAGGACGGUGCGCGUGCUGGACGAGCGUGUGAGCAUCACAGAGCUGGGGCUGCAGCUGGUCAGCGGCCUCUCUCUCAGCCUGCAGCUCAGCCCGGGAAGCAACAGGGCCGUCCUCGCCACGGCAACCACACAGGAGGAACUCAGCAGCCCCAAACAGGAGGCGCUGAUCAGCGUCUGGCUACAGUUCAGCGACGGCUCAGCCUCCCCGCUUGACCUCUACGACCCCGGGAGCUUCCAGCUCAGCGCCGUGUCUCUGGACGAGUCUGUGGUGCAGGUGCAGACACCGACACGGUCACACGGCGGCGGCGGCACGGCGGGCUCCCACCGCUGGCCCGUCAUCACGGCACAGGCAGAGGGCCAGGGCCUGCUGCUGCGGGCUGAACUGAGCGUGCCCGAGACGUGCCAGCGCUACAAGCCCCGCCGCGCCACCCUGGCCUCGGGCGCCUGCCAGGUGCGGGUACGCUUCGGACCCCCCGAGGCAGCUGAAGACGGCGGCGGUGCUGGAGGAACCCCCAUGAACCGCCCACCCCAACGAAGGCCCCCGCCAAUGGCUUCAGCCAGCGUGCACUAUGGCAACUCGGUGUCGGAGGCCGGCGACACCGUCAUGAGGAGGUUCGGCACCACCACCCCUUCCACCACAAGGACUGACAUCCUACGGAGGCCCGGUGGGGACAAACUGUCGGACGACGGCAGCCUGCUUCCCAUAGACUUUGCUGACUUCCCAGCACAGGUGGACCUCCCGCGGGGACGUAACAUGGAUGGUGAGGAUGACGAGGGUCUGGGCAAUGAAGACCUGCUGCAGACUCCGCGGGGCCUGAGCGACCUGGAGAUCGGCAUGUAUGCGCUGCUGGGGGUCUUCUGCCUGGCCAUCCUGGUCUUUCUCAUCAACUGCGUCUCCUACGCUCUCAAGUACCCGCACAAGGAGCUGGGGCCUGACGAGGGGCCCGAGGGCGGGGCUGCAGGGCCCCACGCCCACGACUGGGUCUGGCUGGGCAGCGAGGGAGCCGAGCUGGGCCUCUCCCCCCGUGACGAGGACUCCAGCCUGGGCGUCAUGGUGAUGGACAGCAGCCUGGGGGCGCUGGAGGAAGGCAGCCAGCUGCUGAAUGGGGGAGGUGGCAUGGGGGUCCCGGGGUUGCAGAAGCACGUGCAAGGGCAGGUACACCGGUCGCCUGACGCCAGUGGGGCAGGAGGGGCAGGAAGUGGGAGUAAGGAGGUCAAGGGGGACUCCCCCACUAGUAAGAGGAAGCGGGUGAAGUUCACCACCUUCAGCACGGUGGCGACAGAGCGGGGAAGCCCCACAAGCGAGAGCGUUGGCUCGGGCACGGGAGGGGACAUCCAGUGGGUGUGUCAGGACGUGGAGCUCAACGACUCCAAAGAGCUGCGGAACUAUAUGGAGAGGCUGAGUGACGGCGUGCUAAGAGACGUGGUCUAGUCCUUUUCCUUUUCCCCCUUAUCUUCGCAUUCCUUUUUUGUUUUUGUUUUCUGUUUUUUUAUUUUUAUUUUUUAAGUAACCGUGCGUGUGCUAAAACUGGACUGAAGUCACCUUUAUGCCUUUUUUUAAAAAAGAAAAAAAAAAGAAAAACAUACAAACAUGAGAUGGUGGCAUUCUCUCAACCAACCUAGGAAGGUUUUAUUUGUUGCAACAAAAAAAAAAAGAAGUCGGCCCCUUAACCAUGGUAACAAGAAGAGUUCUUGCCGUUAUCGUUGUUGACUGUGGUUGACAUGGCAACUCAUGCGAAGAUCUUUCAUCUAUUACCUGAAUAGAGACUAUGAUCAUAUUGCAGCCUGCUCAAAAUGCUGUUCCCAACAUGCCCCCCACCCACCCCCUAAAACACACACACACACACACACACACACACUCACACACAAAUGAAAGAUUACUUGUGAAAGGGAAAUAUGACAGAACUGUAUUCAUUAUUUUUAUUAUGGUUAUUUUCCUGAUCUGAUUCUUAAUCAAAAUCAUACUUUUACACCAUUCUAUAUUUUUUGUAGUUAAGAAUGAAUGAUUGCAUUCUGAUAUUUACUGAUACCUUUUUGUCACCUCCUGGCAUACAUAAAGGAUUCAUCCCACUUCCUGUAUUCUGGGGCUUGUACGGAAACAAAGUGUAAUGUAAAUAUAUGCCGAACAUGUAAAUAAAUGCACAUAGAACGAUUUUCACAAA